AUGCAAGCUUCUGUGGUCGUCUUUCUUCUGGCCUGGUUUGGAUUAGCGACCACAAACGAAGAAAGCGACGGAGAAGUACAUUUUACUAAUUCGUGGGCCGUUCAUAUCGAAAAUGACGACUUCGAGGCGGUGAACAAUAUCGCACAAAAGCACGGCUUUGUAAAUCAGGGACAGGUAGGUUGAUACGGAGCCUUAGCCACCCUGUCAAAAUUGCAGUGAUUCGAUCGCUUUCGGAGCAAAUUUGUUUUAAACGAGCGUUAAUCUCUGUGCGCGAAGAUUAAGCGCUUGAUUUAUUUGUUUUGCUAUUUGGGUCGGACGCAAAGACUGGUUGCUUUUAUUAUGAAGGUCAGUGAGGUACCAGAAGCCAUGUCACUUCCUUAGGAUCAACAAAUGUCAACCUGCACUUGUUGAUGUUUUGUGUCUUCUAGAUAGGGAGUCUUCCGGGAUACUACCAUUUCGUAAAACAUAAUGUUCGAGAGAGAUCGCGGCGGAGCCUGGAUGAUCACAGCGAUACCUUAUUAUCGGAGCCAAGAGUAAGUUUCAUAUCUGUGUAUCUCUUUAUUGUCUCUUUAUUUUACUGGUGGAUUUGAAUUUAAUCACAGAUUGCUACCGGUGGAUAUUCAAAAGAUACCCUCUGAAACCAUGCACUUGUAACUUAACUCAAAAAUUAAUGUUAUUAAUCCCGAGAGGAAAAGGUUAAAAACAUCUUUCUUAAUCACUAAUACUGUGCAAAAAAAAUUGACUGAUUUACGGUUUGUGGUUAAUGAAAUUUAAAUUGUUCAGUGACUGUAGUAACACCAGCUCAGAAUGUGCAGUCACCACGAGACUUAAGAGAGCGUAACUCUUACUACCACUGUCUUCUGACAGCAAAAUUAUCGACUCGUGAAAUUUUCCGACAAGUUUGAUUAAACCUUCCGGCUUCUUGACACAUAUCUCAGAGAUGUCUUUACUUCGUAAGUACGCCUUCAGGGAAAACUCUGCUUGGACUUGAGUCAAUUUCGCACAUUUAGCUAAUUGCAACUGAUUUUUAAAUCAGCUGAUUACCGGCUUAGCUUUUUAACUUUAAUCAAAUCCUCUAGUAAGUUUAUCAAGGAAGAAUUUUAUAUUUUUGCCUUCAAUAUUUAGCUCGGUGUCUACGAGUUUCACGUCUAGAUCUGAAGUAGCUUGAUAAAUUUGUCUUCAAAUUUCCACGAAUUGUGUUGACCUUAGGCAAGCCUAUGAUGCGAAAAGAGCGAAAAAGUUAUUCAAUUUCCUGUUCACCAUGCAAAUGAGCUUAAUGUGACAGCUCUUUGUCACUUUUCAUCUACUUUAAGGACUUUUUUUCUUAAUAUUACCAAAUCUUUUCCGCGAUGACAGUAACUGAGAACUAACUCGCUACACUUAUUGUAAGAGGUUCAUGAUUUUUCUUGGAAGCACCGAAAAAAAAAAGGAAAACGCCUCGACGCGAAAAGUCUUAGGGUCUCUUUCAUUGAUAAUACUUCACGAUAUAAUUCGAUUUCCAGAAAUGAAUAUUUUAAUGUUUCUUCACCAAAAUUGACACAAUGAAUCAAACGGUAAACACCACUGAAUAACGAAACUAUCAAAGUUCGUCUAGAGUAACAUGACCUUAAUCUGCUGAAAUAUUUCAACCCUAUUGCAGUAUAACUGCUCAUUUAUAUCUAAUCUGACUCACCUAAAAGUCGUAAUUAAGUCAUUGUCGCUGUCUGCAAUUAAGUGACAAAAACGAAGGUGGUAAUUUAGACAGACAAUCCUUGUCUAUGGCAACAGAGACACUGAGGCGACGAAAAUACCUUAACGAUGCAGGUUAUAUGUUUAAUAAAAUAUAGAUGCAACGAGUACCCAUGAUAAAACUGUUAUUUUACUGGUUUGGGCUGAAAUCAAUCCAUAGCUCUGUAAAUUUAGCUCCCUGUUCAAGUCAGUUAUUAAGGUAAAUAUAAUGUAUAGUGUUUAACUCUCAGGUGAAAUGGGUGGAGCAGCAAAGAAUUCUGGAACGGAGCAAGCGUGACGUCAUACAGGGUGAAGACGAACUGGUACAGAGAUCGGUGGCUACACUCAGGCAGGAUACCGCUUUCACAAUCCGCGAUCCCUUCUUCAAGGAUCAAUGGUAUUUGGUGAGUAGUCAGUUAACCAUGGGUCAGUUGCUUCUCCGUUAUUUCCAAACGACCCUUACGUUGGAUAGAAAAUGCAUAUUUCGUAGCUAGAUUCGUUCAAAAACAGCCAGAAGGCAUUUCUAAAAAAACAAAAGCUUGUUGUACCAACAAAAAUAGAUUUUAAGGGAUAUUCAUCUGCAACUCAGCAAUGAAACGAAUUUUUGAAUGAGUUCAUCGCACUUUUAAUAGCUCUCUAGAUGCGUAAAGUAGCAAUCCAUUUACCGUGAAGAUGAACCCAAGCAUUAGUGAGUGUGCAUGGAAAAAUAACAACUUGAUUUUAAGCCUACUUCAUGGAAAGUCAAUGCUAAUUAUUUAAUCAUUUUGUUGUUGUUGUUAAAACAAAUUAAGUGAGCUGUUUUUAAUAGUGAUCAAAGUGGUCAGCUCAAAUCUCUUUCGUUAUCUUAACGAUGCAUUUGUCCCAUACCUUAAACUGGUACUUUUGGGCUUAUGUUUUCAUUAGCAAAAUAUCGGACAGUCUUCAGGACCCGGCGGGGUCGAUAUCAGUGUGUUACCAGUUUGGGCUCGUGGAUAUUCUGGAAAAGGAGUCGUGGUAUCAGUACUUGAUGACGGUAAGAAAUAAGAUCUUACACACUGCCUUACCAUGAAAUGCCGAAUUAUUUAUUUACUCCCCAAUUUUUCCUUUUCAUGUCACUUUCUAGUUACUACCGCAUUGCCUUGCUUUGCGCCGCGGGAGUUUUCGUAAUGAUAGAAAAAACCGUGAAUAUAGAAUAUCUUAGGUUUUUACCUCUGAUUAUAAUAAACAUAGUCCGGCGUCCCCAUCGAUGAGAGUACACAGACAACAGACAAUCUUUUUACUGUAAUUCUCUGCGAGAAUUAACCUGAGAAGCGAGUACUCCAUUUUUAUUUCUAUUAAACAAACAAAAAAACCCUUAAUCCUUUAAAUCCCGUUAGUGACCAAGACAGAAUUUCUCCUUACUAAAUCUAUACAAUGUCAUGCAGACAAGUGAUAAGAAUAAAGAAAAAUAUUAAUUAUGGGAUCGCUAAUUGAUCCGACACCAAAUUCUCCAAACUAACCUAAUGGGAAUUAUUUGGCAGACAGUAAGAAGAAUUACUUAUGAGAUCUUGGGAGUUAUAGGGUUAAUAAUCUCAUUACCUCUCUGAUCAUGGUACGUUCUACUCUUUUCACCUCUCAGGGCUUGAUCACACUCACCCGGAUUUAACGAGAAACUAUGUAAGUCCGUAUUCUUUUUCGAAACCCGUUGACGAACGAACUUUGGAGAUUCGCUUUCUACAGAUCUCUGAAGAAUAGAUAAGCCGUAAAGUGACUUACAGCUUUGGAGCUGUGACUCUUCUAGUUUGUGUGACAUGCAAACUAGACCCAAAUCAGAAUUUUUGGUACAGAUUAAUAUUGAAGAGGACCGUUCCAUAAUUCAGCCAGGGUCAAAUUAAUUGAAACAAAUUUCGAUUCCCAUGAAUAAAAUCCCUUCUACAGUAAAGCACUGUUCCUCUGAAUGUAAAUAUCCUUUCUUCAUAAAUUCGGAAACACUAAGAGACGAGUUCCAUUUACUUGUCUAUUCUUUUUACCUUCAGGACCUCCCGAAGUACAUAAUGUUUUUCUUAUUGAUCCAGCUAUUUUGGCUCUGUUACUGAAAAAAACUGCACCUUUUUCGUUUUUCAGGAUCCAGACGCGAGCUUCGAUUUUAACGAUUUUGAUGGGGAUCCAAUGCCACGGGACCAAAACCCGGAAAACUGGUAACAGUGAAGUUGUUCAAAGUUGCCACUUUUAUUCAAGAAAGUGAACCAAACUGAAGGUUUUCCCUUUUUUUUUUUUUUUUUUUUCAGCCAUGGCACAAAAUGUGCAGGUGAAGUUGCAGCUGAAGCUAAUAACGGAAUCUGUGGGGUAGGGGUGUCGUUCAACGCUAGUAUUGGAGGUGAGUCGUACAUUCCCUGUUGAACAGUAUCAGGUAGUGAAUACAUUUAUAACUAUAUAACGAUCUAGGCCUCUUCCUUCCCCGGCUCAAGAAAGGUUUUAUUUAGGGAUGGCUUGUUCUCGUACAUUCAAAUUUGUCGUAAAAGAGAAGAGUGGAUGGUAGUUUGAAAGCUGUUCUUCUUCAUUCCACUAACCAUUGAAGUAUAGGGGACUCACUACGAGUCAUCGAUGCGGUGUUCACGUUGGUUUGUGCUUGCCUUGAGUAAAGUCCCGUACAGAAACGAACGGUUUGUUAAACAAAAUCCAUCGAUUGCAUGUCAUGAUUUUACGCAGGCAUUCGGAUGCUGGACGGUAGAGCUACAGACACAAUUGAAGGAAGCUCUCUAAGCUAUCGCUCAGAAUACAUCGACAUCUACAGCUGUUGUUGGGGGCCAAAAGAUGAUGGCAAGCGAUUUGGUAAACCUGGUCAUCUUGCAAGUAAAGCCCUGCAAAUUGGUACUCAACGGGUAAAGUUAUUUCGUUUCACAAUGUUCUAAUUUGCAUAAUUCGGUAACCUGAGAGUCAGCUUGACUUUGGAUGGAAAGGUCAAGCUUUGCCUGAGGUCACUAUACUUUAUUCUUGAUUAAGACAAUCUACUCUCACAGUACCUCUCUGGAACCACCCAGGAGUGUAAAUAGGUAUCGGCGAGUUUACCUUAGCUGAUCCUUUAGGGAGAUAUUAGAAGCUAAUCAAAGGUCAAAGGGUUGACGUGUGGUGAAUAAGCUUCGCGCCAAGGUAGAAAGGCAGUCAAGAGUGAAUUAUUCGUUGCUUCGCGCUUCUUACUGGCCCCAUGUGAAGAUUUCGAGUCUCAUUAAAAGUUCUAUUUUUCACCCCAGGGUCGCGGUGGCAAGGGCAGCAUUUUCGUGUGGGCGACUGGAAAUGGAGGUCUUACAGAUGACGACUGCAAUUGUGAUGGCUACACUACCAGUAUAUACACCAUAUCGAUUGGCGCCAUUAGUGACCAUGGACUUUCUACAUACUACACGGAGACUUGCGCGUCAACUCUAGCUGUCACAUUUUCUGGAGGAUCUCAUAGAGAAAGUGAUGAGAACAGAGUGGUAAGUCACUUGAAAAGUGUUGAAGAUUUCUAGCAAAUUGCCCGCACGUGAUACAGCAUUUUUGGCAAGUCAUUAAGACUUCACAGUGAACAAAACCUACUUGGAUCUCUUGAAAAUUGCCAUAAUAUGUAAAAUGUAAAUUUCUUCUCUCCUUUAAAGGUCACCACUGAUUUGCACCAUAAGUGUACUAAGGUAUUCAAAGGAACUUCUUCCGCCGCGCCGCUGGCAGCAGGAAUGUUGGCUCUAGUAUUGGAAGCAAAGUAUGUUAUAUAGGUUAAGCUACUGAUCUGAGUCAUGUGUGAUUGUGUUUGCGUGUUAGACAGUUAUACACUGCGUUACGUCGGUUAAUAAAUUAAACAACCGUUCCGUCUUUGUCCUCGAUUGGUAUAGCGUCUUACAAGUCGUUUCCAUCGAAAUAUCUCGCUUCAAAGACAGGUUUUCUGGUGGAGGGGGUGGGUUGUAAUUAAGGGCGGGAAGGGAAAAUUAAAAUUGGCAUAAUCAUGAACACCCUACACCCUAAUCGAUAGUAAUGGAGGAAAACGUAUGAAUUACUUACUUGUGACUGGACUUAAUUUCAGCCCCACGCUAACGUGGAGAGAUGUACAGCACGUGAUAGUAGAGUCCUCUCAGGUAACAAGUCCAUUGGAUGAAGGAUGGAAGACCAACGGUGCAGGAAAAAGAUACAAUCAUAAGUUUGGCUUCGGUAGAUUAGAUGUCAAUAAAAUGGUGGAGACGGCGCUGAGGUGGAAAAAUGUCAACAGGCAGCGUAUCUGUCAUGGUGCUUCCCACAGUAAUAAAAGGUCUGUCAACGUUCUUUACUAGGUCCUCGUACUUAGUAAACAUAAUGGUCUAAGAAGGUCUGCUUUCUUGCCGAAACCGAACAUAUUGAUAAUGAUUGAAUUGUGGAGAAAUGACUUUGGAAAAGAUCAUUUUUCAACAUUUAAAGUAAUAGUACUUGUCAAUAUCAAUGAGUAAAGUUACUGCAGAUAGAUAAUUGUAGCCACGAUUUGCUGUGAAUCGCAAAACAUGCAGUCCUAUCGCAAAUUAAAUGCACCAUAACAAAUACCAGAAAUUUGCUUAGGGAGGUCUCAUGUUUAAAUGUCAAAGAGGGAGUGGGGAGUUUGGGUAGCCCGGCGAUAGAUCAGCAUCUCAAAUAGGGGUUGUAGCCAUACUUCUUGUCCUAUCAUGCUUUUGGGACCGGUAUUUUGGACAGAAUUUCCCUUUCCAAACUUCCGGGGUCUCAACAGUUGUCAAAAGCACUUAUCAAUGCUAUGCUUUGUUAAUUCAAACCUUGACAGAUUCAUCCCAAACUCUGGUAGUCUACUUCUAUCAGCAAACACGUCAUCGUGUUCAAGCACCCCUUCCGAGAUAAGACGACUAGAGCACGUGCAAAUAAACAUCACGUUACAUCACCGUCACCGGGGAGAUCUUAGUAUUACUUUGAUCUCUCCUUCCGGGACACGGAGUAAGAUGCUUACAACUCGGAGGAAUGAUCAUUCGGCACUUGGACUCAAGGUAGUCUCUUUUACAGUCACAGCAUUUCUUAAUUCGAAUAACCCCUAUUAGUUAGAGUUACGUCCUGUACACUUGGCCAUGAGCGAGGUUGAAAAAUGGGACGCAUUAGCACAAUAAUAAAUGUGUGCUCUCUAAUUGAUUCGGGGAAGAGAUAAGUGUAUGAUUAUGGAAACCAAUAAGAUGGCAGUUAUGAAACCGAUACGACCAUUCAACCCAUUCAAUUUUUGGUUCAAAACAGUAAAAUGUGUGCGUUUACCUGUGAUGUUAAUGGGAUCACAGUGUCGAUGAAAUGUCAACUGCAAAGCCUUUGGUGCUUUUGCAUGUUCGCGGGUUUUAGGAGUACGAACUAGGAGAGAAAUAUGCUGCAUUUUGUUGCUCUCGUGUCUUCGGCCGAUUAAGAUAAAAUGAAAACAAAAGAUUGGUAUUUGUACUUCUCUGUUAGAUCGAUUGGCGAAUCCUGCGGUGGCGAAGACCGUCGUGAAUGUGCAUCGGAAAAAAGCGUUCGGGGUUGAGUUAUCGCUCAUUUUAAAUGAAGAAAUGUAAAAUGGUUUCCGUGUUUAUAUAGCCUGAUGUAAACACGCGGGAGGUUGGGAGAACACGAGAUAAGCGUAGGAAACCACGACGCGAAGCGGAGUGGUUUCCAGCUUAUCGAGUACAUUUCUUUUAUAAAAUAAGUAAUGAAAGAGGAACGAAAACCGUGUUUACAUACGCUCAUGUAAAAUGGUUUUAUGGCCAAUCAGAGCGCGCGUACUAUUUGAAUUAUUUUAUAAAGAUACUUAUUGUCUUCUGCUUGGUUGCUACGGUUUCAGUAAAUGCAUUGUUAUUCAAAAAACUUCCUAAACUACCUUUGAAUUGCCUCUGAAACCAUUUGACACAUGAUCUUGUUUUCACAGAACUGGCUCUUCAUGACAGUCCAUUUCUGGGGUGAAGACCCCAGGGGACUGUGGACUGUGGUAAUCACUGACAAUGAUAACAAUAAUCGUGAACAUUACUUGAAGAAAUACUCACGGGGAGAUGAGGAAGAUGUCACCAGGAUCUUCUUGGACGAAACUGGGAAACAUGGUGAAAUGCAAACUGAUGAUCAGAUGGACCAUGCCCAGGACCACAUUAUGAAAACGAUGGAAGAUACAGCCGGGAAAAUUUUUAGAGGAAAUAGAUUAACUGUGUCCUCUCGCAGGAAGAAAUUACAGCAUAUCCACGAUAAACCUUCUCUGAGAGUGAUUCACAAAAAGGUUUCGAAGAAAAAUCCAUUUAAUAAUGCAGCAAAACUUCACCGUACGAAAGUGAAGGAGGGUAAAUUAGCUCAGUUUAAAAAGCAUUACCUGAAAUCCAAGGCAAAAGGCAAAGUUAAAACGAGUAAAGGAAAGCACCACUGGACAGGGAAAAACAGUGAUUCAAGUAUGGACGCUUUCAAAGGAAAACAUGUCGGAGGAGCACCAAACAAGCACGCUAUGUUUAAGAAACUUCAUGCAAGAAAAAUGUUCAGCGAAAACCAGGGAAAGCUUAAAAACACUUUGGUAAUAGAAGACGGCAGGGAAAAAGGAAAAAAACCUCGUAAAGUUGUAAGCCAACGGUUAAAUGUGACUUUAAAUAUGGCCUCCAAGGCAACAACGAAUCAGAGCACAUCUGUAGCUAGUAUAUUGGGCAAGUCUGAAAAUGCGACUAGAGCAUUUAGGCUUAUAUCACAAUUGAUAUCUGAAAUUCAGAAAAAUCCAUUAGUGUCAAAGAUUGCCGUGGAGGCGCUGAAAAAUCCUGACAUAGGAAAACUAUUUGGCAUUGAGUCUUCCAAAGAUGUUCUCGAAAAUAUUCAGGAAACAAGCUCACCCAUGAACAGUAUUAAUCAGCAUAAAGACGAUUUUAAAAAUAAAACAAAAAGUGAUGUAAAAGAUUCAGAAAUGGAAACUCGUAUUGCUGAAAGAGCCAACGGAUCAGUCAUAGCAAGUGGAAACAAAACGUCAGACCAUUUUGAAACUGCCAAACAAGGAACUAUCAAUUCAAAUAAACACAAGCACAUUCAGUUCUUUAAAAUACUCAAAGAUAACCAAGAUCACAAAAGUGAUAUUACUGCAAGUGGAAUGGAUGGGAGUGGAGGUUUGGAAAGUGGAAAUUAUGUUGACGAACGUGGUUCCGGAGACUUGAACUUUGGAAAAAUUUUGAAAACUGGAAUUUCGGGAUGUAAAGGAUUAACAAACUGUAGUGGCACCAGCGAUGAGCAAGCGUCCCUUUCUGUUUCCAACAAAAUAACGGCGCAAGGUCGAGGAGAAAAUGAUGCGUAUGAGAUAUAUAGUGGCGACGAAGAUGACAGCCAGUACAGCGAAAGUACUGAUGAUGGAGGUGAAGUCUUAGAAAAUGACAAAAACCCAACUGUACUAGAGAAUGAUGACGAUAAUGACGAUCUUAUCCCAGAAUUUGGGUUUAAUCUCAACUCCAUUGACCGAGACACCUCAGAUUCUUGUAAUUUCUCGCUGGAUUCUAGCAACGCAUCAUUGGUGGUUCAAAAGGCACAUUGUGUAGAAAACAGCACAAUGGAAAAACGUGCCGACGUAAGAGAUGCAGAAGACAAAAACCUAGCUCAUUAUUUAGCAGUUGAUAAGCUUAAUUUAGCGUCUGGGGAGGACAGUGCAGACAACAUUGAUAGUCCAGAGGGUAGCCCUUUUAAAAGUAAACUAAAAAGUGAUCAAGAUAAUUCAGAUGUAAAAUACGACGGCAAGGAUUUGGAGGUUUUGCAAGAAGCGUUAGAAAAUCAGCUGUCUCGUUUAUCGAAGGAUCCAGCCUCUGAGAAGUCAAAUGCUGAAAUCCUCGCUCGUGUUCGGGAUGAUAUCAAACACGGCGACAUCGACGACUUAGAACUUUUAGAGGCACAAAUUACGGGCGGUAAAAAUGAGAUGUCUAGAGAUGUAAGGAGCAGAACACCACAGGAUGACGAUGAUGAUAUAGAUGAUAAUGAUGAUGACAACAGAGGACAACGUGGAGGAUUUGAUGAAGAAGAUGAAGAAAUAGAACGGAGAAGGAUCUCACGUCAAGCAGAUAGUGAAAAACUUUUCAAAAGUUACUAUGUUGACCCGGAUAAAUAUGGCAAAGAUAAUUCCGGAAUAUUGGAAUCUUGGACUUUAAUAUUGUAUGGAACUAAAUGAUAAUUUUUAUGACAGUUACCUUUGGUUAUUCAUAGAUUAGAGGAAGAAAUUCAAUUGACUUUUUUUUCGAGCUCAUGAAAUUUAACUAAGGCUCGUUGGGCCUGCAUGACACUACUAAACAAUAUGUGUUCCCGUUUUGGGGGGC